AUGACAUCAAACAAACCAGUCGCUCUCGUCGUGGGGGCUUCCCGCGGUAUCGGCAGGCAGAUUGCCAUAGACCUGGCCAAGAAUGGCUACAAAGUCGUCGUGGCGGCAAAGACCACCUCCAACGCCUAUGCUACUGUUCCCUUCCCACCAGAUCCGAACUCCUCGCAAUCGACCAUCAACACCGUUGAGCGAGAGAUCAAAGAAUCCGGUGGCGAAGCGUUCGCUCUCCCAGUUGACGUCCGCGACGUGAAGCAGGUCGAGAACCUGGUUCACGAGGCAGUUCGCCUGACAGGCCGUCUCGAUGUCCUGGUCUACAACUCCGGGGCUAUCUGGUGGUCUUCCGUCGCGAAUACGCCCACGAAACGGUUCCAACUCAUGCAGAGAGUGAAUCCAGAGGGUCUGUAUGCGAGCGUGCAGGCAGCAUUGCCAUACUUUGAGAAAAAUGGGUGGAAGGGACGGAUUAUUGUUGUCUCGCCGCCAAUCUACUCGCGGUUCUUUCGGGGGAAGACCGCUUAUGCGAUGGGCAAGGUGGGGAUGAGCGUCCUGACCAAGGGUCUUGCUAUGGACUUUGUUAGACAGGGAACAAAGGAUAUGGCCAUUACCAGUAUCUGGCCUGCAGUGGUACGUUUCUCCGCCAUUUCUGCUAUUCGAGGUGCUCACUCUCCGUUCAAGUCCAUUGAAUCAGCUGCCACAGAGGCGACCACGAAUGAAGAUCCUAACCGGAAAGCCGAUCUCAGGAAACCUACGAUCUUCUCCGACGCUAUUCUGGGUAUUUUGAACAGCCCCACCGACGUUGUGAACGGCCAAUUGCUCCUCGAUGAGGACUUUUUGCGCGACCAUUGCGGUGUUUCGGAUUUCUCCAAGUACGCUGUUAUCCCUGGGUCUCAGCCACGGCGAAUCAUGCCUAAGGAGUUGCCUGUCCUUGAGGUGGCGGAGCAGGAUGAUGAAGGUAUGCGGGUGGAUAGUACGAUGUUGAGAAAGGCCAAGCUGUGA